AUGUGCGUAACCUCUCCGUGCCGUCCGUGGAGUUGUCUUCAUGUACUCCAGUGGCAACGUAGACCCACGUUGUCAAGCAAUUCAUACAAGCAGCUGAAACGCGACGCGUGUCCGUGUUCAUUCAUUCGGGACCAUGAAGACACCAAGGUAUCAAAGAGCCUGAGCCAACAAUCAGGAGCCCCAGCGACACCCCGACCAAAACGCGGCAGACCUAGCGGCGCAAACCGAACUCCUCUGUCGCUGGUUCGUAUAAAACAACACGAAAGACGUGCGCGCAACGCUUUCUAUGAACGGGAGCGGCGUGAAAACAUCGCCAAUGCCACAGAGGAACUUAUUACGGUUUUAGGGUGCGCAUCGAAUAUAUCGCUGGGUGAGCUCCUGGGAUUGGCUUUGACGGCAGUCAGCACAGCAAAAGAAGAACAAAAAUUGAGGGAAAUAAAUAAGAAAUUGAAGGCCCAACUUGCCAGUUGUGUGGAGAGGUUAGGUUUAGAAUACAGAAGCGGUGGCAAAGAGGAGGUGGAGCUGGAUGAUCCUAAUAAACGAAAACGCAAACUGCCAAAUCUGUUGCCUCCACCGCCACAACCAGAGGAGACGGAGGAAAUUGACGUAGCUGCUCUUUUCUCCCAAGAUCAAUUGCAGCUGGUAUACGCUGCAAUUGACGCAGACAUUUCCUCCACGGCGGCUUCACCACCGGCAGAGGUGCUGCAGCCACCGCCAUGA